CACUCUCGCCCAAACCUGCGCACUUCAGCACGAAGCCACGGAAAUCACAAACGAUUAACGAAGCUUCUCUGGAGACCGAACGACGAAGCCACGGCAGUGAAGGACGGAAGGACUGGAGGACGAACGAAGACUCGCAAGACAGAGCCUCGACCUCCGCCACCCAGCGCCAGCCGCCCCUGGCCUACCGUGCCUCGCCUCCACAAUCCGAUCCGCCCCUGAUCAUGAUGACGAUAGCAUUUGCUAAAAAAAUUGUUAUGGUCAAGUGAAUCUUGUCGUCAAAUGCAGCUUCGUAGUGCGAAGGACCUGAUGAAGCGUACGAAUUUAGAAAAAAUGGGAAAGAGACCUUGACUCACAGAGAAACCUUAGAAUGGAAAGGGAAAAAUCUAGUCGAAGAGGGAGAGAUUCAACGAAGGAAAGAGACCACAAGCAUCAAAGCUCCAAGGACAAGUACAAGGAACCCGACAGUGAUGAAGACAAUCGUCGACAUCACAACCGUCAUCACUCAAAGCACCGCAGCGACGAUGACAAUGAGCAACGACACAGGUCGGAAAAUCGCCACCGCCGACAUUUAGAGGAGGAUUCCUUUGAUCGGGAGAGAUCAAUUGAGCGGCCGAGGAGCGAGCGAGAGGGAAGCCGUGACAGGAGGGAGAAGUCUCAUGAUCGAUAUAAGCGUGAGAGAUCGCAAGACCGGGAAAAUAGGAGAGAUGAUUCGGUAGAGAGGCUGCAUUCAAGUAAGAGGAAAGAGAGAGGAGACAGUGAAGACAGAAAUGAUGGAGCUGAGAAGAGAGUUAGGGUUUCAGAGGGAAAGCAUGUGAAUGGAAAGGAGAAUGAAGAUAGACAGGAGAGGAGGAGCUUUGAAGACGGUAAUGUGAAGGAUAAAGAACUCACUCACGAAAAGAGAGAAAAGAAGAGAUUUGUGGAUAAAGUGAAAGAAGCGAAUGCCGGGGCAGAUGAGGAAAGGGAAUCCCUACAAAGAACUGUCAAGAAAGAGGAGUUAAUAAAAGAUGGUCAACAUGUUGAUCCCGUUGCCAAUGGUGCUGCAAUGGAAUCACUCAACAAGGUAUCCCAGACUUUGCCUUCAACCUCCUCCUUGGUUCCUAUUGACUCUCCUGCUACCAAGGUAUCUUCAAUUUCUACAAAUGAAAAUAAGGGAGUUAAUAUUAUCAGAUCUCAUGCGGUUCCUGGGAAAUCCAGUACAGAUGGGACAACUUCCGAUGCUGGCAAGAGAGCAGGCUUUUCUCUUGAUGCUUUAGCUAAAGCCAAAAGAGCUUUACAAAUGCAGAAGGAGCUAGCAGAAAAGCUUAAGAAGAUUCCUUCAUUGAAUAUGGGCGCUGGUCAAACUAGAGGGCCCAGCCCACAUUUGGGUACUAUAGAGAGCCAUAAGGCUUCAUCGUCAACUAGUGGUCGAGUUGGAUCUUCCAAUUCGGGGAUACUACCUACACCCCAAACUACUGCUCCAAGCUCAUCAAACCUUCAGGAAGAAGCUUCCAUCAAUCUACCGCCCAGUGGCUUGCCUCAUCUUACAGGGCUCACAGCACAGAAAUAUGAAGCCGUUAAACGUGCACAAGAGCUUGCUGCAAAGAUGGGAUUUCGUCAAGAUCCGGAGUUUGCUCCUCUCAUAAACAUGUUUCCUGGGCAGUUGCCUCCAGAAGUUGCAGUGCAACCAAAGCCUUCCAAAGUUCCCGUUCUCCGUUUGGAUGCUUUAGGCAGGGAAGUUGAUGAACAAGGAAAUGUUGUUAACAUGCCUAAACCAUCUAGUACUCUUAAGGUGAACAUCAAUAAAAAGAAAAAAGAUGCUUUCCAAAUAUUGAAACCAGAACUUGAAGUCGAUCCUGACCAGAAUCCUCAUUUUGAUCCUAGUAUGGGUCUUAACAAAACUAAGAUUCUGCGUCCCAAGAGGUCUUCUUUUCUGUUUGUAGAGGAAGGCAAAUGGUCCAAGGAUGCAGAAACCAUUAAGUUGAAGAGUCAAUUCGGAGAAGCACGUGCGAAGGAGCUAAAAGCAAAGCAAGCACAGUUAGCAAAGGCAAAAGCUGAACCUGAUAUAAAUCCAAAUCUCAUUGAGGUUUCACAAAGAGUUAUGACUCAUGAAAAGCAAAAGGAACCAAUUCCUGAGGUUGAGUGGUGGGAUGUACCCAUUUUGCAAUCUGGUACAUACGGUGACAUCACCGGUGGCAGCAUAAGUCACGAAAUGCUAAAGAUGGAGAAAAUCACUAUCUAUAUCGAACACCCACGCCCGAUCGAGCCUCCUGCAGAACCGGCUCCACCUCCACCACAACCACUGAAGCUAACGAAAAAGGAGCAGAAGAAGCUCCGCACCCAGCGUAGAUUGGCCAGGGAGAAAGACAAACAAGAGAUGAUUAGACAGGGGCUAUUGGAACCACCGAAGUCCAAAGUCAAAAUGAGCAACCUGAUGAAAGUUCUCGGGUCAGAAGCCACACAGGACCCCACGAAGCUUGAGAUGGAAAUCAGAAGCGCUGCUGCUGAGAGGGAGCAAGCUCACAUAGAUAGAAACAUAGCACGCAAGCUUACACCAGAUGAACGCCGUGAAAAGAAAGAGAGGAAACUAUUUGACGACCCGAAUAGGUUACUUGAGACCACAGUUUCUGUGUACAAAAUAAAUAACCUUUCACACCCUCAGACACGGUUCAAGGUGGAUGUCAAUGCUCAGGAGAACCGGUUGACCGGGUGUUUAGUAAUUUCAGACGGGAUCACUGUGGUGGUGGUUGAGGGCGGGAAAAAGUCAAUAAAACGUUACGGGAAACUUAUGCUGAGGAGGAUCGACUGGGCUGCUGCAGUCAAGACAGAAGAGGAUGGGGAUGAUGAGGAUGAAGAAAAGGCUGUCAACAAGUGUGUUUUGGUAUGGCAAGGGAGUGUUGCCAAACCGAACUUCCACAGGUUCCUUGUUCAUGAGGUGCGGACCGAAGCUGCUGCCCGUAAGUUUUUUGCCGAUGCUGGUGUUCCCCACUAUUGGGAUCUUGCUGUCAAUUUCAAAGACGAUGAUAUUUGAUUCCGAGGUUGGUACAUUAUAUAAUUUGGUGCUUUCAGUGGAAUUCUGUUAGCAUCAUGCAACCCUGAUUGUUAUGCCCCACUAUGCCCAGAACGGAUAAACGUAAUUACUGAUUUACCCUCGUACAUGUAGUGACUAUAUGGGAAUCGCAAUCCUCUGUUUUAAUGUCGGUGAGGUUUACUGUCCUUUGUUGUAUGCUUGGGGAGCUAAUAGACCUGCUUAGUUUUCAUCAAGAUAUUGAAUAACGUUUUUUUAUGUUCACUCAGAAUGAAAAGAGAACUAUGGGAAGGACACUACUUUUUUGAUGAUUUCUGAAUUAUUGCUGUUAUUAUUGAUGAUUCUUCACAAA